AUUGAAAUAUUGACACAAUGAGACCUAUAUGUGUAUUGACAGAUAUUUUAUAAUUUUAUUUAAAUUGAAUAUAACAAAUAAAAAAAGAUAUUAGAUUUUUUGGAAGUCUUUACCAAUGUUGAGAAGACAUAUUAUUGCGAUACAACCAUGGCAUCUGGAAAAUCAACCAUGGCAUCGGCAAAGCCAACUACAUGCAAAGAAGCUAUACGGCGAUGGGAGGAAGAGAAUCAACAAAAUGCAGCUGCGGCAACAGAAGUAAUCUUGAGCUUUCAAUGGCCGCCGAUAGAAAAGAUGGACAACGCCCUGGCAACUUUGAUAAAUUGUGAAAAACUCUCCCUAUCAACAAAUAUGAUUGAAAAGAUUGCAGGCAUUGGAACUCUGAAAAAUUUGAAGAUUUUGUCAUUAGGUCGUAAUUUAAUUAAAGGAUUCGCUGGUCUUGAACCUUUAGGCGACACUCUCGAAGAACUUUGGAUUUCCUAUAAUUGCAUUGAGAAGAUGAAAGGUAUCCAGGCAAUGAGAAAUCUUCAUGUACUUUACAUAUCUAAUAAUUUGGUGCGAGAAUGGAACGAAUUUGCAAGGCUACAAGAACUUGUAAAUCUUCGAGAUCUAGUUUUUGUUGGUAAUCCGUUGUAUGAAAGUCUCGAGGUAGAGCAAUGGAGACUUGAAGUUGCACGACGUUUGUCAAGUUUGGAGAAACUCGAUGGUGAACCUAUAAUACGUACAGAAGAAAAUCCAAUUCAACUCGUCAAAACUGAAAGUCCGUCGCACGAUUUACUUCAAGAACCUGUCUAA